GGUCUGUGCAUUACAUUUGCAGGGACUAGAAGGCUUGGAGUUUGGAUUUACAGUACACAGAUGAAGCAAACUCUAAGCCAUAUCCCACCUGUCUGGAUAGCAGGUUCUGCUCCUGAAUAAUGUGACUCUUUGCAUUGGGGUUUCUGCAUUUUUCACCCCCUACCAAGACUCCCAGCAGCAGCUAUGUCAGGAGUCAACAGCUCAUCAGUGGACAACCAGCUGAGGAAUAAAUGCUUGGGCAACAACGAGGAGCAAUUUCAGCACUAUGGACAGUUCACCCCAAGUGUCUCUAUAUUACUAGCUGUUCUUAUGAUUCUCAUGGUGCUAGCAACUGUGCUGGGCAAUGCUCUGGUGAUUCUGGCUUUUGUGGUUGAUAAAGGGUUAAGAACUCAAGGAAAUUUCUUCUUCCUCAACCUAGCAAUUGCUGAUUUCUUAGUGGGUGGGUUCUGUAUCCCUCUCUAUAUCCCCUAUGUCCUGACGGGACAAUGGAAGUUUGGGAAAGGACUGUGCAAGUUGUGGCUGGUCAUGGACUAUCUGCUCUGCACUGCUUCUGUCUUCAACAUUGUCCUCAUCAGCUAUGACAGAUUCAUCUCAGUCACUAAGGCGGUAAUAAAGCUUCUAGACUUUACUGUAUUGCAGCUAUGUCCUUUCGCCUGGAUUUCCAAUGCAGGCCGCCAUUUUCCUGAAGACCGGAAGCUGCGGGCUGGAGCUCUGGGGCCUGCGCUUCACUUCCGGAGAGGCGCCAUCUUGUCGGAGUGCAGAUGCAUGUAUACAUAGCUUCGGCCGUGUCACUUCCGGCGGUGCCAGAAGUUCUUUUCUUAUGCAGCCGCAGCGGUGUGAAUUGAGUGGUUUCUGCAGGACAUUGUUUAUUCUGCAUACAGGAGUUUUAUCUUAAACAGCUCUUCUUUCUGCCAAUCUGCAACUUAGAGCUCUCUUUUAACCUUCUUAAAGCAUUAUAGAGUGGAUACUUUCCUGUCUAGUGAAACCAUUUUCGCUAAAAACAUUCUAAAUUCUGCAAGGCAGGAGAGCCCUACCUAGGGGUUAUUCUUGCUAAAUCCCCACAUUGUGUUGCUAAGGGACGCCAGGGAAGACUAAAUUUAGUAAGUUAAUUUAUUUUCCCUUAGUCUUCUCAGCAGCACAAGCUUCCCUCCCUUAUUAGUUUAUUUUUUACUUGAUAAUUUACUCACUGUCCUAAUGUGAGUAGGGUGUUUUAUAGUCAUUGUGAGGGGAGGUCCCUAUGUUUUGUUUGAUUUCAUUAAAAAAUUCCGGUCCUAUUUAGCUCACAGGGGCCAAGACACCCCACAUUGUGCUGCUAAGGAGACGAAGGGAAAACAAAUUAACUUAUUAAAUUUAGUCUUUUUGGAUUUUUUUCUGUCACGACCACAGUGCUCUCUGCUCACACCUGUCCAUUUUAGGAACAGUCCAGAGCAGCAUAUGUUUGCUAUGGGGAUUUUCUUCUGCUCUGGACAGUUCCUGACAUGGACAGAGGUGUCAGCAGAGAGCACUGUGGUCGUAACAGAAAAGAAAUCCAAAAAGAAAAUAAUUUCCUCUGUAGUAUACAGCCGCUAAUAAGUACUGGAAGGAUUAAGAUUUUUUAAUAGAAAUAAUUUACAAAUUUGUUUAACUUUCUGGCAUCAGUUGAUUUAAAAAAAAAAAGUUUUCCACUGGAAUAUCCCUUUAAGUCCCCAGCUUGUGCUUCAAAUUUUUUCUAACAGUAGAUCCAUUUCAUGUAUAUCCUGUAGGGACAUUUUUAGUUCUCCAACUCUCUAAAGAUCAAUUUUGAAGGAUGAAAUGCUCUGAUGAUAACAACAUUUUAUAAGCCACCUUGCAGUAUGUGGCAAUGUCUCUCCAAUUGGCCUCUGUUUUAUACACAUGCAACUUAUGGCCAGGACUUAAGCAUGUGUCCUGCCCCUUGCUGCCUUCAUACUUAGGUCACAUCCAUGCGCUGUAUUCGGUCUACAGAUUUUCCAGAACUCCCACUGGUAUCCUUCUGCUGCAGCAUCAUUGGAGAUGCACUUGACCAUUGUAUAACAAUUUGGCUCGCAAGCAGGGAAAGCAAAUUUUAAAGACAAUGAACUUUUUACAUAUUUUAUAAAUUUUUUCAUGUUUUUCAAAAAUAAAUGUAGAGCAUAUUUCCCAAAACUUAUUACUAAAAUAAGGUACCAUGUGUCAUUAAAAUGAAAAACAAUUUGUGGGACUGACGGCUGAUUCGCCCUUUCUGGUUUGCAGUUUUCGCACUGUUUAAUCAGGUGCGUUCCUGUAAUAUUUCCCCAUUGUCUUAGGUGGCAUUAUUAUCUCUACUACCUGGAGCUCUCUCUUGAGGAAUGAAAGACCUCCUGUGGCACUUUUUGGUGUGUCAAGGCCCGUAAUUCUUCGUCAUUGGAAGACCUCUAGUCCACCAGCCAAGAUUUAAUUGAAUGGAAACAUUUUAUCAGAUACGCUGGGUUGUUCAGUUGUGUUUUGGGAUGCUUUUUGUAAGUUGUCUUCUGUGCAAGUUUGAUUUUCUACUCUGUUGUAGAGAUGUUGUGGGCCCUUACUUAGUCUUUUGGGCCUUAUUCUUUUCUUUCUCUCUAUUACCCCCACCUCUCUUUUUCUCUUUCUUUCUUGUUUCUCCUUUUCCCCUCUUCCCUACACCUCCCCUUCCUUCUUGUUGUCCAUUCUCUGUGGUUGUGUAGUGUGCCAUCCCUGUUGUUUUUCUUUCCUGUUGAUCUAUCUCAUCUGUUUUAUCUCUGCGGGAUGGAAUCUUUUCCUUCUGGGCUCAUUAUUGUGUGUAAUAUGUAUGUGACAUUGCCUCUUCCAGAGUAAUACCCUUUUUGCACAGAUGCACAGCUAUGUUGGUUCAUUCUGCCACCUCCCAAUUUAUUGAUAUAGCAUUAUGGGUUUGUUUGUGGUUUUUCUAUUUGAUUCUUCAAUAAUAACUGAUUUACCAUAAAAAGUAAAACAACCCUAUGUCGAGUAAAUAACACAGUACCCUAUGUCAAGUAGAUAGCAAGUAAAAGUGUUAAAAAUGUAUUCCUGCAUUAAGUAUAUGUCAGAUUUAAAAAACAGGGCUUUGUUAGUAAGUGAAUAGGCCAGUAGCCAAUAUAGAUAUAAAAUAAAGUUAAAGGGGGUUAUCUACCAUAAGGUGAUUUUAGUACUUACCUGGCAGACCGUAAUGGACAUGCUUGGGAAGGAUCUGCGCUUGUCUUGGGGCUAAAUGGCUAUGCUGUGAGAUUACCAUAACACUGUGGCUAGCUUUUUGUGAACUGGUAUUUCCUUUUUGAGUUUUCUUCUUUUGCCUACAAAUCCCAUAAUUCCAUUUUCCUCCCUCCCACACAUCAGCCACCCGACCCAUUGAACCAUAAAUGAGCUGCAUCCAUUCAAAAGACCUGUGGUUUUCAAUCAGGGUGCCUACAGCUGUUGCAUUAGUUGCAGAUUGAUCUCUCUCCCACCAAGCGAUCUCUCCAGCCAUUGAAGCAGACAGGCUCCCUGUCAACAGCUGACUAGUGAGUCAGGUCUCGACCACAUUGCAACCUGGGAAAAAUGUGAUACAACAGUCAUUUUGUAUGCUGAUAAAAAUAAAUAUUGGGGUGAAAAUCACAGAAGAAUUGUGAGAAAACUGUCAGGUACAGACACUAUAUUAUGAACUACACUAACUUUACAGCCCCUGUAGCAUAGUCAAAUAAAAAAAAUCCUGGAAUACCCCUUUAAUACCAAUUAUAGAGGCUGGAUCCAGAUUUUAGGGGCUAGUAGAUGGCAGGUCGGGGACUCAUAACUAUUGUACGCUAUUAUAUUCCCAGUAAUGCUAACCAUUGUAAUACAAUUAUAAAACAACACUAUUAUAAAAUAACUAUAAUGUGCUUCUCUGUACACAAUGCAAUUAUAAUUAGAUGUUUUUUCUCAAUAAAAUAUGUAAAAUGAGGUUUCUCAGGACUGCACUGUCAGUGAGUGGGAGCGCAUUAUUGCUUCUCGUAAUUAUUGUCCUCUUCAGAAGGAGUUUAUGACAGAUUGUUAUUAAAAGUAGCCACGAAAAUGAAUUGAAGGUUAGGAGCCAUCUGUACCAGAAUUGUCGUCUGCAUUUACCCCAUGAAAAGGCAUUACUGUCUGAAAUGAAAUGCUCCAUGACGGAACAACUUAAUCAUGUUAAACACAAAACAGAAGCAAAUGUUCUUCGCUUGUUGAAGUCUGUCAUGAUAGUAAAUUGUGUACAUAUACCGUACUUACAACUAAUAACCACAAAAUGUUUUUAAACCAGCUGUGGUAGAUCUGUGUAAACAAAAACUGUAAUACAGUGUCCUAUGUUCAAAAAUACAACUACUGUAACACUACCCCCUAUGUUCAAGAAUGUAACUAUUUAAAUGCUGCCUCUAUGUGCAAGAAUAUAUUUACUAUCAUGCUGCCAUUUUAAACACGAAUAUGACUUUUUGAUACUGCCUUUUAUGGUUAAGAAUAUAGCUACUAUAAUACAGUCCCUUUUGUUUAAAAAAAACAUUAUUACAAUAUUACUGUGACCUAUGUUCAAAGAUAUAACUUCUGUAAUACUGUCUUUUAUAAGAAUAAUACUACAAAACUGUCUACUAUAUCAGCAUUUUUCAAACUGAGAGGUGGAGAUCACUUUCUGGUGAAGCACCGGGCCCCCUCGUGUGACAGACAUUAACACAAAGCAGGGACUUCAAAGCAAAAAAAAUUUUAAAAAAUUGCAUUAUCAGUGCAGUCUCUGUGGUUAGAGUGGACCUUCUAUAACAUUAUGGUUACAUGAUUAUGAGUUCAAAGGUCCUACAUGCAGUCGGCAGAGUGGCUACAGUGUGGAGAGCAGAGUGGCUGCUGGAGAGGUAUUUUGUGCUUUACUUUGGUAUAUGUUGGUGUUGCUGGAGAGGUAUUUUGUGCUUUACUUUGGUAUAUGUUGGUGUUGCUGGAGAGGUAUUUUGUGCUUUACUUUGGUAUAUGUUGGUGUUGCUGGAGAGGUAUUUUGUGCUUUACUUUGGUAUAUGUUGGUGUUGCUGGAGAGG